GCGCUUAACCCUGAAGCAUCUACUGGAGAUCACAGUGACGACCGCGACACACGCAGCAGGCAUCACGUAGACUAUUAUCCCCGGUGCACGAAACUUCAUAUUAUAUAACAGUCUACAUACAAGAUGUCCAAGCCACUGACGGAUCAAGAGAAGAGGAAGCAAAUUUCCGUACGAGGUCUCGCCGGGGUUGAAAACGUCGCAGACCUCAAAACCAAUUUUAAUCGGCAUUUGCACUUCACCUUGGUCAAGGACCGUAAUGUUGCAACGAAGCGCGACUACUACUUCGCCCUGGCACACACCGUCCGCGACCAUUUGGUGGGAAGAUGGAUCCGGACGCAGCAGCAUUACUAUGAGAAAGACCCGAAACGUGUGUAUUAUCUUUCUCUGGAAUUUUACAUGGGGCGGACCUUACAAAACACCAUGGUCAACUUAGCUUUGGAGAAUGCCUGCGAUGAGGCCAUCUAUCAGCUGGGUUUGGAUAUGGAGGAGCUGCAGGACAUGGAGGAGGAUGCUGGCCUGGGUAAUGGAGGCCUUGGUCGACUGGCAGCUUGCUUUCUGGACUCCAUGGCAACCUUGGGCCUGGCAGCUUAUGGUUAUGGAAUCCGAUAUGAAUUUGGAAUCUUUAAUCAAAAAAUCACAAAGGGCUGGCAGGUGGAGGAGGCGGACGAUUGGCUGCGCUAUGGAAACCCUUGGGAAAAGGCCCGCCCUGAAUACAUGCGUCCUGUGCAUUUCUAUGGUCGGGUGGAGCACAACCCUGAUGGAGUAAAAUGGGUGGAUACACAGGUCAUCCUCGCCCUCCCCUAUGAUACGCCUGUCCCAGGAUACAGAAACAACAUUGUUAACACAAUGAGGCUCUGGUCUGCCAAAGCUCCGUGCGAAUUCCACCUCAAAGACUUUAAUGUUGGUGGAUACAUCCAGGCUGUCCUGGACAAAAAUCUGGCUGAGAACAUCUCCCGUGUGCUAUACCCCAAUGACAAUUUCUUUGAGGGCAAAGAGUUGCGUUUGAAGCAGGAGUAUUUUGUGGUUGCUGCAACUCUUCAGGACAUCAUCCGCAGGUUCAAAGCCUCUAAGUUUGGCUCAAUUGAGGUGGUUCGCAUGGACCUUACCACACUGCCUGAUAAGGUGGCUAUCCAGCUAAAUGACACUCAUCCUGCAAUGGCCAUCCCUGAGCUGAUGAGAAUCCUCUUGGAUGAUGAGAAAUUGAACUGGGACAUGGCUUGGGACAUCACUGUGCGUACUUGUGCAUACACUAACCAUACCGUCUUGCCGGAAGCUCUGGAGCGUUGGCCAGUUGAUCUGUUCCAAAACCUUCUGCCCCGCCACCUGGAGAUCAUCUACGAGAUUAACCGACGUCACCUGGAGAGGAUCUCUGCGCUCUACCCUGAUGAUCCUGACCGUUUGAGACGCAUGUCUCUGAUUGAGGAAGGAGGUCAGAAGAAGAUCAACAUGGCUCAUCUUUGCAUCGUGGGUUCUCACGCAGUUAACGGCGUGGCACAAAUCCACUCCAACAUCAUUAAAGAUACUGUCUUUAAAGACUUCUAUGAAGUGGAUCCACAAAAGUUCCAGAAUAAGACCAAUGGUAUCACACCCCGUCGCUGGCUUGUCAUGUGUAACCCUGGACUGGCUGAAGUCAUUGCUGAGAGAAUUGGAGAGGACUACAUCCGUGACUUGAGCCAGUUGAAGAAACUCCUGAAGUUUGUGGAUGACGAUGCAUUCAUUCGAGAUAUCGCCAAAGUCAAACAGGAGAGUAAAAUGAAAUUUGCUGUGCAACUUGAAGAACAGUAUAAGGUGAAGAUCAAUCCAAACUCCAUGUUUGAUGUCCAAGUGAAGAGGAUCCAUGAAUACAAAAGACAGCUGAUGAACUGUCUGCACAUCAUCACCCUUUACAACCGCAUCAAGAAGGAGCCUAACAAGGCCUGGACACCUAGGACAAUUAUGAUUGGUGGAAAGGCUGCCCCUGGGUAUCACACUGCUAAGAUGAUCAUCAAGCUGAUCACGGCAAUUGGAGAAGUGGUAAAUAAUGAUAGUGUAGUGGGAGAUCGUCUGAAAGUCAUCUUCCUUGAGAACUACAAGGUCACACUUGCCGAGAAAGUCAUUCCUGCGGCUGACCUAUCCGAGCAGAUCUCCACAGCAGGAACAGAAGCUUCUGGAACAGGUAACAUGAAGUUCAUGCUGAAUGGAGCUCUGACCAUCGGCACCAUGGAUGGGGCUAACGUGGAGAUGGCUGAAGAGGCGGGAGAGGAAAACCUUUUCAUCUUCGGCAUGAGAGUGGAUGAUGUGGAGGCUUUGGAUAAGAAGGGAUACAAUGCUCUGGAGUAUUAUAACCGCAUUCCAGAGCUGAAGCAAGUAAUUGAUCAGAUCUCUGGAGGAUUCUUCAGUCCUGAAGAGCCCGAUCAGUUUAAAGACAUUGUAAACAUGCUGAUGUACAAUGACAGAUUCAAGGUGUUUGCUGAUUUUGAGGACUACAUUAAAUGUCAGGAUAGAGUCAGUGCUCUUUAUAAGAACACUAAAGAAUGGACCAAGAAGGUCAUCAAGAACAUUGCUGGUUGUGGCAAAUUCUCCAGCGAUCGCACCAUCGCUCAGUAUGCCCGUGAGAUCUGGGGCAUGGAGCCUAAUCUGGAGAAAAUCGCAGCUCCCGAUGACCCUCGCUAAGUGGUUCUGCCAAGUGAAAAUCUUGCAUUGCUGUAGCUGUUCUCACAUUCAGUUUAUUGACCACUGUGAAGAUAUGUAUGCAUAAAAGUAAUUUUAACAUUGAAAUAUCUAUUCUGCCGUCAGACAGCCAGAAUACCUCAUUUAACUUUUCCGAAUCCCUACUCCAGAGACAUGCUGUCAGUGCAUCUAGCUUUGUGGCAUGUUUAUAUACGUAUAUAUGUUGGUUUAAGAAUGUUAAAUACUUGGUGGAGUAUAAUGAAUAGGUAAAAUAUAUUAAUCUUCUCAGCACCAACAGAAUACAGCACAGCCUCAUUCCUAGCAUACCCAUACACAGUUAUGUCAAAGUAUAAGGCCAUAGCCAAGGCUUUUAGAUAUUUGCCACAUGUCAGAGCAGAUAAUGAUUGUUACAGAAAAAAAUUGAGAAACUAACAAAAUCUUUUCUUUUUUGGGGGUCUGAUUUGUGUGAUUUAUGUUUUUAAAACAUACGUUGUUGAAGUGAGCUUUAGAAUAGCAGAGUGAUUAAUAAAAAUUACGAAUUAUCUGUUUCAGUUGCUUAUGGCAGUGUAAAGCAGUGGAUUUCAAACUGGGAGGACAUGGGCAUUAGAGCUCUGCAGAAUUAAAAAAAAAAAAAAAUUUCAUGUUUCAUGGUUUGUCAAAGUAAGCGUUAACUUAAGAUUACAUAUGUGAAUUUUAUCAAAUUAAACCCAUCUCUUAUGCAUAAUAUUUGUUAUUUUCUCUUAGGAAUACAACAAGAUAGUCUUUAUUAUUGUUUUUCCUCACACAAUAUGAAUGGGCCCUUAUACAUAAUAUAUAGCUGCCUUUAUAAGUUAUGAAAGGGGUGCCUUGCAAUGGGAGUAUCCUAUUUGGGGGUCCUUGGCAUUAAAAUAUUUGAAAACCUCUGGUUUAAUAAACUGUCUUGGCUUUGAUGAUUUCAGAUUUGGUAACAUUACAGUCACAGUAUCUAUGUACAAGACUUAUUGGGUCCAGUUUGCCAUUUUUCCAUCAUACCCUUUGACCUCUCUCUUAAAAGGAAUAUUCCAGGUUCAAUGCAAUUUAAGCUCAAUUGAUAGUAUUUGUGAUAUAAAGUUGAUUACCACAAAACAUUAUUUUGACUCAUCCCUCUUUUUCUUUAAAAAAGUAAAAUGGAUUUCAGUGAGGCUACAAUGAAAGUGAAUGGGGCAAACAGGAAACUGUUUCAAAAGUAUAGCAACAAGACGUAAACAAUAUGGGUGUGAAAAUAAUUUUACUGUGAUAAUCACUUACUAACUUUUUCUGUGUAAAGUUAUAGCCAAUUUGACAUCUUCGUUACCAUGACAAAGUAAUGUCAACAAACACUAAAAUGUAGGGUAAAAUGUAAAAAUGACAAUUUAAAACAACUUUACAUCUCAAAUAAUACAUUAGUUUUCACAGAAGAAUUAAUGUAAGUGCUUUUUAAAAAUAUAAGCUUCACAUUUCUGCCUUUAAACCCUCCAAAAAUUGGCACCAUUAACUUCCAUUGUAAGAACCUAACUAUAUCCUCAAUAUUUGCUUCUUUCUUUUUUUAAAGGAGGGAUGGGUCUAAAUAAUUUGUAGUAAUCUACAUUAUGCCACAAAUGCUGUCUAUUGAGUUUAAUUUGUUUUGUACCCGGAUUAUUGCUUUAAAAACUACAAAAACUACCGCCUUAAACAAUUGUGUUGUUAGUGUUAGAUUCUCUGCUUGUCACUCAUUUGCCGUUGAUCAUAACAUAUUCUUAUAAAUGCAGAGCUCCUCAAUUUAGCACUUUACAAAUAGUCUGUAACAUUUGUCAUUAUAAAGAUUUGGCCUGUAGCCCUGUGAACAUAUAUAGUUGUUAAGAUGUUAGAACUCAUUUCACACCACACAGAAAACGCACUAUUGCUAAGACAGCUGACCUCUGCAGAAAUGAUGGGGUUCUUCAGAAGAGUUGCUGCAUUCAAGACUCUGAAAUGUAUUCAGUCUGAUAAAGGAUGAUAGUCUUAUACGUAGAAUAGGAAAUUAAGAUGUCACAAGAAUGUGCAGUCAAUUGCUUUUGGAUUAGUAGGGAGUGGCCAAUUAGCAGACAAUGUUCCUUCAAAGCAACUUGCAACACCCAAACUGUAAGGCAAGUGCAUAUUAAUUUAACAUGGCUUAAAUGACUGUAAAUUAAAUUAAAUGUUAUUUUCCUGUUGUUAGUGACAACCCACACCAAACAGUCCUGCUGACACCCAAGAGUAACAAAAAGAGAAAUAAAAGAUUAAUUAACCAAUGAUUGUUGGUUGCUUGU